CCUCUUUUCUCACCACAACACUACUAGCUCUCUCUUGCUUCUUCACCAUGCCCGACACCACGAUGGAGUUUGCAAAGUACAUUGUCGAGCGGCUCAAGCAGACCGGCGUCAAGCAGAUCUUUGGCGUGCCAGGCGACUACAACCUCGAGUUCCUCGACUACAUUGAGAACGACAGCGUGCUCAACUGGGUCGGCAAUGCCAACGAGCUCAACGCGGCCUAUGCUGCAGACGGCUAUGCGCGCAUCAAGGGCGGCCUUGCGGUACUCGUGACGACAUUCGGCGUCGGCGAGCUCUCGGCGCUCAACGGUGUCGCCGGCUCGCUGUCCGAGCGCCUCCCGGUCCUCCAUAUCGUCGGUGCGCCGAGCACGCGCAUGCAGCGCUCCCACGCCCUCCUCCACCACACGCUCAACACGCCGUCGUCGUUCACGGCGUUCAGCGACAUGUCCAAGCAGCUCUCGUGCUCGAUGGCCCUGCUCAACCAGGUGUCGCCCGACACGCCCAACGCGUUUGUCGACGUGUUCGACGAGACGCUGCGCCAGUGCCUGACCCAGUGCCGCCCCGCGUAUGUCGAGCUGCCGAUGGACGCUGUGCGCGCCAUUGUGUCUUCGCGCGGCCUCCAGGUGCCCCUACCCGAGCCUCACGCCGCGCCCUCGCUUGACGCCCUCCGCCAGCUCACGCCCCCCGGCACGCCCUCCCCCAUCAACAGGCUCUACAAGGAGUUUGGCUACUUUGAGCCCAAGCCGGACGUCGUGACUGAGCACGUCGUCAAGCUCAUCGCCAAACUCUACGAGAAUGCCAAGCGCCCCAUCGUGCUCGUCGACGCGUGUGCCGCGCGCUUCGGCAUGGGCCCAAUCAUUAGACAUCUCGUCGAGGCGUGUGGCAUUCGCUUCUUCACCACACCCAUGGGCAAGGCGAUCCUCGACGAGCACCACCCGCUCUAUGGUGGAUGCUACGCCGGCCGCAACUCGCUCGCGCCGGUCCGUGAGGAGGUCGAGGCGUCCGACUUUGUGCUUUACGUCGGCUCGCUCAAGUCCGACUUCAACUCGGGCUCGUUCAGCGUGCACAUUGACGACGCGCACGCCGUCAAGCUCCACAGCUACACCACGCAGGUGGGCUACGCGCAGUUCCCAACCACCGACAUCCGCCAUGUCCUCCCGCAGCUUGUUGGCGCGCUCGAGGCCGUCAAGAGCGCCCGCUCGCCCACCGUCGGCGAGAGCCUCGAGGAGAAGAUGAAGCAGGGCCGCGUGGCUACGCUUGUCGACCGCCCAGAGGGCAAGGACAUUGUGCACAAGUGGCUCUGGCCCCGUGUUGGAUCGUGGUUCCACGACAACGACAUCAUCAUCACCGAGACCGGCACUUCCUCGUUCGGUCUCCUCCCUGUCCCUCUGCCAUCCCACGCGACCUACAGCGCUCAGGUGCUCUGGGGCUCGAUUGGCUGGAGUGUUGGCGCGACGCUCGGUGCCGCCCUCGCCGCCGAGGAGGAGGAGGACAAGCGCCGCACCAUCCUCUUUGUCGGCGACGGCUCGCUGCAGCUGACGGUGCAGGAGAUUGGCACCAUGGUUCGCCGCGGGCUCCACCCUUACCUCUUCGUGCUCAACAACGACGGGUACGAGAUUGAGCGCCAGAUCCACGGCCGCACGGCCGAGUACAACAACAUCCAGCUGUACGACCACCAGCUCCUUCUCCCCUUCCUCGCCGGCAAGAACCCCGCCACGCCGUUCGAGUCGCACGUCGUCCGCACCCAGGACGAGCUCCACCGUCUCCUCCUCGACGAGAAGUUCAACAUCCCCGACCGUAUCCGUCUCAUCGAGCUCGUCAUGCCCAAGGGCGACGCCCCAGAGACGCUCAUCUUCCAGGCCCGUCUCACGGCCGAGGCAAACAACGGCGGCCAUUAGGGAGCCGUGUCACAGUCGGUGCGUUCGCGACGUGACGCGUCGACGCGUCGCGUCCCACCGACCCUCAAUACAUUAAAACAUGGUUAAACCAGCAAGGGCCCCCUGUGCCUAGUUAGUCAGUAGCGCGCCCCAUCAUUCCAUUCCUGUGAGCAAGAUGCAUGUGAUCGGCGUAAACACAGCCCGCCCCGUCCGGCAGGGCGCACGAGAGACGUUGGAACUACAGUGCACGAGAAGCGGAGAUUGCAGAGAGAGAGAGAGAGGUAGAGGUACGAUGUGGAAGGACAUGUUUUGGACACACAAGCAGAAGAAUGGGUGGUAAAAGUGACGAUAGCGAUGGAGAUUAGAUGACAAUGUGUAUGAGCGCGUGUGGGGAAUUGGCUGAACAGGCGCUUAGUAGUGAAGGGUAUCGGUGUGCGUGUGAAUAAUAGGAAAUGAUUGCGGGCUGCCUUCGACAAAAAUGCGUGCGAUGGGGCGAUUACGACGACGCAAAGGAAUCGUCGGGUUGGAUUAUGUCGUGCAGAAUAGUCAAUGGUCGUUGCCGCCGGCGUGCUUGGAUGAUUGUUGUACACUGGUCGUCGGCAGGGGGUUUCGUUAACGUGCGUCCCAAACGUGAAGUGGGCGGCGUGUGUUCUGGGGGAUGGAGACGGUUGUGGACGCCGAGUCGGUCCAUGGGGAUUGCCCCGGGGGCGGUCUUAGGCGCAGCAGCCAAACCGGCCCUUGGCCUUGUUUGCGGCUUGGUUCUUGGACGGGUCGGUAAGCAUAACGCUGUUCUUUCUUCUGAGCGACCUCUCGCGCUCAAUCUUGUCCUUGCGCUCAACCAAGGCACUGGAGAUGGAGCGGCACAUGAUCUCGACGCCCUCCCCAGUGAGGGACGAGACCUCGCCGAGGCGGAUGCCCUCGAUUUCCACGCCCCACUGGACCUCGUUCGGCGUCGACGCGUCAUCCUCGUCAUCGCUACCGUAGAGACGAGAGUCGCGACCGAGGCUGCCACCGCGAGCACGGCCAGGGCGGAGAAAGUUGGACGACUGCGAGAACGCCGAGGUACCAGCAGUUAGGCGGUCGGCCGAGCCACCACGCACAUUGGCACCAAAUUCUUCAAGUGCGUCCGCUGCCCUGGGUCCCUCGCCCCGGCCCCACGCUCGGUUCGUGGUCCAGUCGUCGCUGCGCUUGCGCGGCAGAUCAUUACCGAGCAUGGGUGAGCUCUCGGUCCGUGCACGCAUCGGGGAACGGAGCGUGGGCGAGCGAGCGACCGACACUGGAUUGGCUUCGGCCAACGAAGCAAGGUUUGUGACUGCCUCGCUCACGCUCGUAGUCCGUCCUAGUCCUAGGACACCCGAGAUGGAGAACCGGUGGGACGAGUUGUGGCGCGAGGUGGCGGUGGCGCCCGCAUUGACGGUCGAGGCGACCGCCGUCUCGGUGGUGGUUGCAAAUGUCGGCAGCGCCAUCUCUGGCGACUGCAGGGCAUGAAAAGACACGCGCUGCUGGCGUCUAGGCAGGGGUUGGAUCCGGUCAAUAGGGGACGUCGACUGCGAGGCCGACCCCGACGACGUGGUGAGACUCGCAGGGAAGUGGACUGUUGGCACUGGUGUCGGAGCCACCAGGGUCGGUGCGGCCGUCGAGGCCUGAGAUGACGCAGGCGAGUGGUCGAAAUCGGCGAAAUCGGACACACUGGCCAUGAGCGACGCGAGGCCGUGCAUAGAAUGAGGUCUCGUGCGAGGAGGCGACGCGCCGAUGGACGAAUCGGUUCUGGCCCGCGUUGAAGUGCUUCGGAACAGACUGCGGCCCGUUGGCGAGAGCACCUCUGGCAGCCCUUCAGGCUCUGGUGGUGGCGGUUUCAGCCAUGUCCGAAUCGUCCUUCGAGCCUCUCCAAAGGUUACUGCCCUUUGACGCUCGAGGUCAAUCUUGGCACCAACAACGUAGAUGAGCAUGUCCUUGGACGCCUUGCCUCCUAGCUCCUCGAGCCACGAUCGGACGUCUUGAAAGCUCUUGCGGUCGGUGAUGUCGUAGACGAGGAUACAGACAUGAGCUCCGCGAUAGUAUAUUGGCGCCAUGGAUCGGAAUCGUUCCUGCCCAGCAGUGUCCCAGAUCUGCAGCUUGACAGGGACACCAUUGUGCACGAGCUUUCGCUUGUAGAGCGAGCCGUCGAGUGAUGCAGGGGCCGGGAUGGCGGAGAAGGACCCUGUUGUAAGACGGAGGAUGAGCGACGUCUUGCCAACGCCCUGUGAUCCUAGAAGAACGACCUUUGCUUCCAGCCCAUCAGGGCCUCCGUAGUCGAGGUCGUUAUCCACCUCGGAUGAUGCUCCGGGGAAGAUGCGCGGUGGGGUUGACGACUCGACACCUAGUCUGCGCAGGUCGCGACGGGCCGUCGCUGAUGGGUGCUCGUUCGCGAUGGUGGGGUAGCGUAUGAGCUUUGCUCCACCAGUCGAUCGCAAGCGUGUGCGCGAAUCGGCACUCCUGCUCUCUUGCAUUCGGACGGAAGCCGGACCGGCAGUCCCGCUAGUGGCCAUGGUGGAGCGACGCUGCGUUCGUGGUCUGUCUUGCUCGCGAUCUCGGUCCACACGACUCUGCUGUCGUGUGCGCGUUGUCGUCGUCGAAGCUCGGCUCAGAUUCGGCUGCGUCUCGGAACGGGGGAGGCCUGGGCCACCCUUUGGCGGAGACGGGGAGCGCUGGUUAUCCACAAUCGGGACGUUUGUAUCGAUGACCGAUGGUCCUCCUCUCCCUCCUGUGCUUUCGUUUGUGCUAGGUGAUGAAGAGCUCGAUGCAGGCGAGGUACCGAGAUCGAGGUUCUCAUAAACGUAGCGCGGCGCGUCGUCUGCCGGGGGCGCGAUGGGGACCAUCUGAACGGGGAAGAGAACUUUGCCUGUUGGUGGAGAUGGAUCGGGCGUUGGCGGCAUGGAAGCUUUGACGACCACGUCGGGUGGCGUCAGCCUCUGCGGACGAGGUUGAGCGAGCGAGGGGGCUGUUGACGAGCUUGCGGCCUGAACUGGGAAGGGUUGUGGUGGUGGUGGAGCCUGGAAGGUGGGGAAGCCAGCUGCACGCUCCUGCUGCCGUGGAGUGGCCAGAGCUGAUGACGAGCCAGAAGGCAAUGGGAACGAGUCUGGUUCUCGUGAUGGCGGCAGGACGGGCGGAGUGACAACCAUCAUGGUUGCUACCGGCGUUUGCUUUGCGAGCUAAGAGGCCGGGAUGGUGAGAGCCGCCACUGAGGGUGGGAAGUCGCUGCUGAUUGCUUCACAGAAUGGGCAGAUGAGCAAAACGACAAGGGGGGGUGAAGAGUUUUGCGUGCAGCGCGUGUCUGUCUGUCUGGAAUCAGCGUCGUGCGGGGCAGACGUUGUGAUGCACUGCGAUGACGCAGACGUUGUGGGGGAGCCGGGACGGGAGCCAGGCCAGACGUACGUUUGCCGUAUGGUACGCUGCGCGGUUUUGCUAGAGGAGUCGAGUUGGGCGACGCUCAGCUUUACGAGAUUGCGUUCGAUGCAAGUUUAGAACUUGGAUCUGAGUGAUUUUGAUGGCCGAAUGCGGCGCGACGAGAGUGGACCUGCCACUGGGAUAGGGUGCGAGAUGGCGGGGGGGGAGGGUGGGCGCGCGUGGGCGAGUGCGAUAGCUGAAUUU